CCGGAGGCGCGUGAGGAUUGGCCCGGAGGUGCGCGCGCAAGCUAGAGGGCGGGCUGAAGGUUUGAACUUUCUCUGUCGCGAGCUGUUAGGUUGACAGUGUACUUUUGCAGAAUUCUGUGCUUCCUUAGAGGGCCUUGGAGAGAAGGGGCACGGGUCCGACACUCGCUCUUGUCAGCUACUUCCCGCAGGAAUUGUCGCUCUUUUUGCAUCCAAAUCACCCCCUACAGGCCCUCCCAUUCCCUAGGGGAAUCAGGUAUGUUUGCCCAGGCUAGAUUCUUGCUUUAGAACCGAAAGAGGUCUCAAAGAUCCCCUGAUCCAAGUCUUCAUUUUACCGGAGAAGACUUCCGUGCCCCCAUCUGUAAAAUGGGAACGAUAUUCGCCCCCUCCACCACUCCCACGGUUUAGGGACUCAUUCUUUCCCAGGAUAAGAAUCUUUUGAGGCCAUGUCUGGGACUCCUUUCAGAUCCUGCUUCAGGUCAAGCUACAGAGAGAAGUUGAAUUUGCUGCUAGAGAAAGAUGCUUCCUUUUCCUUUUAUUCAGGACUUCCCAAGACCCCAUCUAGCAAGUUCCUUGUAGAUUUUGAAAACCUCAGUCCUUUGACAGGAGCAACCCCAAAGUGUUGCCUUGACUUGUCAAAUAUUAGCAUUGAGGAGACAGCUGCUAUCCAGCCUAUCACAUCACCAGACCCUGAUGAAACUGGUAGCUUGGAUUCUUCAGGACUAAAGGAAGUACAGUUAGCUGGAAUAGAUUAUCAUCAGCAUGUUAAGAAAUGCAUCCCUGAACAUUUGCUGUGUAGCACUCCCAGCUCUCUAUAUUCCAUCUGCCAAAAGACAGAUACAAGUAGCACUUCUUCAGACAAAGAAAAUGUGAAUAGCUUUCUGAAACAUCCUGGACAGCCGACACUCAGAUCCUUAAGGUUUCAAGAAAGAUCAAAAAGGUCUCUCUUGUCUCCUAUUUCUCUGCUAGACAACAGAAAUUCUGUGGAAGGUGAAAUGAACUAUCUGGGAAGCCCCAUUACUAGAAUUCCAGUGCAUCAGAAUGGAGGAGAAGGCUGUACAAGAGAGACUUCACUUGAGUUAAUGGAAGUUUUCCUGGAGAAGGAAGAAGCACAGGAAUCAGAUCUAAAGAAAACAGUUUCACUCUAUGACGUUAAUGCCAUUCAGAUCUUUGGGGAAGAUUCUGACCAGAGGCAGCUGAUAGGUGAUUUCACCAAGGUCUAUGUUCUACCAACAGUGACAGGAAGCCACCAAGAUCUGAAGUAUAUCAACCCAGAGAUGGUGGUUGCUCUGCUAGGAGGGCAGCUGCAAGACCUGAUUGAGAAGUUUUAUAUUAUUGAUUGCCGCUACCCAUAUGAAUAUCAAGGAGGUCACAUCCAGGGAGCUCUGAACCUGUACAGCGAGGAAGAGCUUUGUAAUUUUUUCCUGAAAAAGCCUUUUGUUCCUUCUGAUGCCCAGAAAAGAAUAGUCAUCGUGUUUCAUUGUGAAUUCUCCUCAGAAAGAGGCCCCCGAAUGUGUCGUUAUUUAAGAGAAGAAGACAGAACUCAAAACAAGUACCCUUCCCUAUACUACCCUGAGCUCUACAUCCUCAAGGGAGGUUACCGAGACUUCUUCCUAGAAUAUGCGGAACUAUGUGAACCACAGAGCUAUUGCCCAAUGCAUCAUCAAGAUCAUAAGGCUGAGCUAUUGAGGUACCACAGCCAGAGCAAAGCAUGGAUGGGAGAUCGGCAGCUCCGGGAACAGAUUGCUUGCCUCAUGAAGAAUGUGAGCUCAAGCUGAGGAAAGAGCUUUCAUCACAGUAGCUACUGGCUCACAUCAGAGUGGAUCCCCAGAGAGGGAAGUGGUGACUUCUAUGGAAAACCAGACCAAUGAUUUACCAAAAAAAAAAAAAAUCACUCAACAGGCCAAAACAUUUGACUGCCCAAGUCAACCUGUAUCCCAGUGAGAAUAGGAACUUUCUGUAUGGGCUCUGUCCUGAAAGCUUUUCAUCCUUGCUAGAACUUCAAAAGUUUACAGUAAUCAGGGAGAAUUCUUUCUUUCCCCUACUGUAUGUCUUCUUUUUUAGCCAGCUUAUCUCUUCUGCUUGAAUUUCUUGCCAAACUUGAGAUGGUAAAUCCUUUCUUCUCUCUGAAUUUCUCUCCAUUCUUCUCUCCCCCCAUUAAAAAAAAAAAAAAGAUACAAUAUACAGGAUGAGAAAUGGGACCUGAUCAUUUCAUGUUCCACAUGGAGCAAGAACUGUCUCAUUAUUUGUGAUGUCCAGGCAAGAAUUUUAAACAACCAUGUUAUGACCAUCUUCAUUACCCACUACCUAAAUCUUUGUUUAGUGUGAUCCAUUUGGUAAUGCUUAUUACCCCCAAAAAGCAUGCUCUUGGCUCUUUACCUGAUAAUCUCAGAAAACAGUGUGACUUGAGUUAUUGUUAGCUAAUAAUCAUAUAUUUCCCUAACUAAACAAAAAAGCUUCUUAAUA